AUGGCACCUGGAGAAACUACCCUUCAAGGAAAUCGUAUUGAUCCGAAAAACAACAUAAUUACAAUUGAUCCAUGGUUAAAACCUUUUGAACAGGCCAUAUACAGAAGAUAUUCAAAUUACAAACGAUGGAUCGACAAUAUAAAUACUCAUGAGGGUGGCAUGGAAAAUUUCACGCGUGGAUAUGAAAAAUUUGGUUUUAAUGUACUUCCAAACAACACUAUUGUCUACAGAGAAUGGGCACCUAGUGCAAAAACUGCGAGUUUAGUUGGUGAAUUUAAUAAUUGGAAUGUUAAUGCCCAUCAAAUGAGAAAAAAUGACUUUGGAGUUUGGGAAAUUGAGAUUCCUCCAAAUUAUGGCACUCUAGCAAUUCCACAUAACACUAAAAUAAAGAUUUCAAUGACUACACAAAAUGAUGAACGUAUUUAUCGACUACCAGCAUGGAUUAAACGCGUAACUCAAGAUUUAUCUGUUAGUGCAGCAUAUGAUUCUAUCUUUUGGAAUCCUCCCAACAAAUAUGUAUGGAAAAAUAAUUCACCUAAAAAACCAUCAGGUUUAAGAAUUUAUGAAGCACAUGUUGGUAUAUCAACACCUGAAGGUCGUAUUGGGACUUAUAAAGAGUUUGCAGAUAAUAUAUUACCUCGUAUAAAAGAUCUAGGUUAUAAUACUAUUCAAUUGAUGGCUAUCAUGGAGCAUGCAUAUUAUGCAUCUUUUGGAUAUCAAGUUACCAGUUUUUAUGCUAUCUCCAGUCGUUAUGGAACUCCUGAAGAAUUAAAAUAUCUUAUUGAUACUGCUCAUGGAAUUGGUCUGACUGUAUACUUGGACAUAGUUCAUUCACAUGCUUGCAAAAAUGUUUUGGAUGGCUUGAAUAUGUUUGAUGGUUCAGAUAAUUGCUACUUCCAUGAAGGAGGGAAAGGAAGACAUGAGCUUUGGGAUAGUCGCUUGUUUAAUUAUGGAAGUUGGGAGGUGCUUCGAUUUUUACUAUCAAAUCUUAGAUUUUUUAUCGAGGAGUAUAAGUUUGAUGGAUUUAGAUUUGAUGGAGUUACUAGUAUGAUGUACACUCAUCAUGGUAUUGGAACUGGAUUUUCUGGUGGCUAUCAUGAAUACUUUGGUGAUAGUGUGGAUGAAGAUGCUGUUACGUAUUUAAUGCUGGCAAAUGAUAUGUUGCAUCAACUUUACCCAAAUGUUAAUACAAUAGCAGAAGAUGUAUCUGGUAUGCCUGGUUUAUGUCGUCCAAUAUCUGAAGGUGGUACUGGAUUUGAUUAUAGAUUAGCUAUGGCUAUCCCUGAUAUGUGGAUUAAAUUAUUGAAAGAACAACGUGAUGAAGAUUGGAAUGUUGGAGAUAUUUGUUGGACAUUAAUAAAUAGAAGACAUAUGGAAAAGACAAUCGCAUAUGCUGAAUCUCAUGAUCAAGCACUUGUUGGUGAUAAAACAAUUGCUUUCUGGUUAAUGGAUAAAGAAAUGUACACUAAUAUGUCUGAUUUGACUCCUCGUACACCAAUUAUUGAUCGUGGAAUUGCAUUACAUAAAAUGAUAAGGUUAUUAACUCAUGGACUUGGAGGUGAAGGAUAUCUUAAUUUUGAAGGCAAUGAAUUUGGACAUCCAGAAUGGUUAGAUUUUCCUCGCCAGGGAAAUAAUAAUUCGUAUCAUUAUGCAAGAAGACAAUGGAAUAUCGUUGAUGACAAAAAUUUAAGAUAUAGAUAUUUGAAUGAGUUUGAUAAAGCCAUGCAAAAUUUAGAAGAAAAACAUCAUUGGUUAGAUUCACCUCAGGCAUAUAUUUCAGCAAAGCAUGAAAGUGAUAAGGUUAUAGUGUUCGAACGAGGAAAUUUGUUAUGGAUUUUCAAUUUCCAUCCUACAAAUUCAUUUUCUGAUUAUAAAGUUGGUACAGAAUGGUCGGGUAAAUAUACCGUUAUAUUAAACUCGGAUAAUAAAAAAUUUGGAGGUCAUGAUAGAAUAAAUGAAA